CUCAACAUGCUCAUCCCUUGUUUUCCCCAAACCAGGAUUUCCCAUUGCCAACCCCUGGAAGGCUGUGAGGAAGAUGCCCUGGGGCACUGAGGCAGAGCAGGAGCUGAGCAUGGAGAGCAGGGAGGACAAAUGCCCGCAGCAGAACCUGGUGGAAGAGGCCGUUUUGAGCGGCUCCACGGCGCAGGAAGUCGACAGGGAGGAAAAGCCCCGGAGAUGCCGCACGAGGAGGGGCUGCAAACGCAGAUGGCAGGAAUCUGAGGGGGAAAGAGCCAGCUUGGGCUGGGAAGGCGGCCAGAGAUCAAGCCAGAGCUCGGAGAUGGUGCUCCAUGAGCAGCUCCAUGAUGGGGAGAAGCCCCACACAUGUGUGGAGUGUGGGAAGAGCUUCAGGUGGAACUACAAGCUCAUCGAGCACCAGAGGACCCACACUGGGGAACGGCCCUACGAGUGUGGGGAGUGUGGGAUGAGCUUCAGCCGGAGCUCCCACCUGACCAGCCACCAGAGGACCCACACUGGGGAACGGCCCUACGAGUGUGGGGAGUGUGGGAUGAGCUUCAGCCGGAGCUCCCACCUGACCAGCCACCAGAGGACCCAUACUGGGGAGAGGCCCUACGAGUGUAGGGAGUGUGGACAGAGCUUCAGGCAGAGCUCCAGCUUGAUCAGCCACCAGAGAACCCACACUGGAGAACGGCCCCAUGAGUGUGGGGAGUGUGGGAAAAGCUUCAAGUGGAGCUGUGACCUGAUCAAGCACCGGAGGAUCCACACUGGAGAACGGCCCUACAAAUGUGGGGAGUGUGGGAAGAGCUUCAGGGGGAGCUCUGACCUGAUCAAGCACCAGAGGAUCCACACUGGGGAACGACCCUACGAGUGUGGGGAAUGUGGGAAGAGCUUUAGGGACCAUGACACCCUGAUCAGGCACCAAAAGAUCCACACUAGGGAGAGGCCUUACGAGUGUUCCGAGUGUGGGAAUAGAUUUCGGUUCAACUCCCAUCUCCUCCUGCACAAUCUGAGUCACACAGAGGAGAGUCCCUUCUUCUGCCCUGAGUGUGGGAAGGGAUUUAAGUACAACUGCCAACUCAUCACCCACCGGCGCAUCCACACAGGGCAGAGACCCUACAAGUGUGGGGAAUGUGGGAAGAGCUUCUCACAGAGCUCUCAUUUGACCCGACACCAAUACAGCCACCGGUAAGGGAAGCCCUGCGAGUCCCCUGAGUGCAGGAAGAGCUUCGUGCUCUGCUCCAGCUCCAUCCCCCACUGGAGGAGGCACUUUGGGCACAGCCCUGGUGACCCACAUUCUCUGUGAUCCAUGUUGGGAACACACCUGGCUUCUUAUUCUUUUGGUUUGGCCUUAAUUUUCUUGUCUUUUCCAUCUCUUUGCAGUCCAAAGGUGAAGAGGCAUCAAUCUUUCACCUCAAAACCACUCAAAUCAUACUGAAAACAGCUCAAUCUUAACACAAAAAGGCUCAAUCCUACCUCAAAUUGCUUGUUCCCACCUCAAAAUCUCAAUCCUAUGCCAAACUCACUCCAUUCCACAGGUACCAGGGUGAGAUGGGGUUGGAAGGAGAUGGGAGAAAUGGGAUCCCAAUUUGGGAGCGAUAGGAUGGUAUGGGAGCAUAGGAGC